GUUGUGCUGUGUAUUUCUGUUGAUGUAUCUAAAGAGUACGAACAGGUGGAGAAUGUUCUAAAACAGGCUCAGGAGAAGCUGGGGCCAGUUGACAUGCUUGUAAAUUGUGCAGGAACAUCAAUUACAGGAAAAUUUGAGGAUAUUGAAGUGAAUUCUUUUGAACGAUUAAUGGCAGUCAAUUAUCUGGGCAGUGUUUACCCAAGCCGAGCGGUAAUUGCCACCAUGAAGGAACGCAGAAUGGGGAGGAUCGUGUUCGUGUCAUCACAGGCUGGGCAAUUGGGCCUGUUUGGUUAUACAGCUUAUUCUCCGACAAAGUUUGCUCUUCGAGGGCUGGCUGAAGCCCUGCAAAUGGAGGUAAAACCUUAUAAUAUCUACCUAACGGUGGCCUAUCCUCCAGAUACUGACACACCUGGCUUUGCAGAAGAAAGUAAAACAAAGCCCUUAGAGACGAAGCUGAUUUCUGAAACUUCAUCUGUUUGCCAAGCAGAACAAGUUGCCAGAGUUAUAGUCAAAGAUGCCAUACAAGGGAACUUUAACAGCUCGGUUGGGUCAGACGGUUACAUGCUGUCGAUACUGACAAGUGGAAUGUCACCCGUCACUUCCAUUACUGAAGGUCUUCAGCAGGUUGUUUGCAUGGGCAUUUUUCGCAUCGUUGGCCUAUUCUACCUAGGAAGUUUUGACAGCAUAGUUCGUCGCUGCAUGAUGCAAAGGGAAAAAUCUGAAAGUGCAGAUAAAACUGAGUAAUCUUUACUUUGAAUUGAAAGAAGA